AUGUUGAGGAAUUCGCUCUGCAGAGCUAGCUCCCAGCUCCUCCGCGGUGCUAGAUGCUCCGCUGCCUCGUCUUCUGCCUCCAUCUCGACCGUCUCGGCUCGCACUUCAUCAUGGAAGCUUGCUGCCUCCCGCCGGCCUCUGGCCCUCGCUGCUCGUCGCGGCUAUGCGACCAGCGCCACCUCGUCGCCUCCCGACCCCAACGAUAACUUCCUCUCCGGGAGCACCGCCAGCUACAUCGACGAGAUGUACAUGCAGUGGAGACAGGACCCUGAGAGCGUCCACGUCUCUUGGCAGAUCUACUUCAAGAACAUGGAGAGCGGCGAGAUGCCCAUCUCCCAGGCCUUCCAGCCUCCUCCUAACCUGGUCCCUAACAUGACCGGUGGUGUUCCCCGUCUCUCUGGCGGCCUCGAGGCUGGCUCCGAUGUCACCAACCAUCUCAAGGUCCAGCUUCUCGUCCGCGCCUACCAGGCCCGUGGUCACCACACCGCAAAGAUCGAUCCCCUCGGCAUUCGAGGUACCAAUGACGCCAAGGGCUUUGCCAACAUCAAGCCCAAGGAGCUGACCCUCGAGCACUACCAAUUCACCGAGAAGGAUCUUGACACCGAGUACACCCUUGGCCCUGGUAUCCUGCCUCGCUUCAAGCGCGACGGUCGCGAGAAGAUGACCCUCCGCGAGAUCGUUGAUGCUUGCGAGAGAAUCUACUGCGGCUCCUUCGGUGUCGAGUUCAUCCACAUUCCUGACCGUGAGAAGUGCGACUGGCUUCGCGAGCGUCUCGAGGUCCCUACCCCUUUCAAGUACUCGGUUGACGAGAAGCGCCGUGUUCUGGACCGUCUCAUCUGGAGUUCCAGCUUCGAGUCUUUCCUGGCCACCAAGUACCCCAACGACAAGCGAUUCGGUCUCGAGGGUUGCGAAACCCUUGUUCCCGGUAUGAAGGCUCUGAUUGACCGCAGCGUCGACUAUGGUGUGAAGGAUAUUGUCAUUGGUAUGCCCCACCGUGGUCGUCUCAACGUUCUCUCCAACGUCGUCCGGAAACCCAACGAGUCCAUCUUCAGCGAGUUCGCUGGUACGACAGGUGCCGAGGAUGAGGGCUCCGGUGAUGUCAAGUACCAUCUCGGUAUGAACUUCGAGCGACCUACUCCCUCUGGCAAGCGUGUCCAGCUCUCUCUGGUCGCCAACCCUUCGCAUCUGGAGGCUGAGGACCCCGUCGUCCUGGGCAAGACCCGCGCCAUCCAGCACUACAACAACGACGAGUCGACUCACCGCACCGCCAUGAGCGUUCUGCUCCACGGUGAUGCUGCUUUUGCUGCUCAGGGUAUCGUCUACGAGUGUCUCGGCUUCCACUCUCUCCCCGCCUUCUCCACCGGCGGUACCAUCCACCUCGUCGUCAACAACCAGAUUGGUUUCACCACCGAUCCUCGAUUCGCCCGCUCUACCGCCUACUGUACGGAUAUCGCCAAGGCCAUCGAUGCCCCCGUCUUCCACGUCAACGCCGAUGAUGUCGAGGCUGUCAACUUCGUCUGCCAGCUUGCCGCCGAUUGGCGCGCCGAGUUCCAGCACGAUGUCGUCAUCGACCUCAACUGCUACCGAAAGCACGGCCACAACGAGACCGAUCAGCCUUCCUUCACCCAGCCUCUCAUGUACAAGCGCAUCACCGGCAAGGAGCCCCAAAUCGACAUCUAUGUCAACAAGCUGAUCGAGGAGGGUUCCUUCACCAAGGAGGACAUUGAUGAGCACAAGCAGUGGGUUUGGGGCAUGCUCGAGGAGAGCUUCACUAAGUCCAAGGACUACACUCCCACCUCCAAGGAGUGGACCACCUCUGCCUGGAACGGCUUCAAGUCUCCCAAGGAGCUUGCCACCGAGGUCCUCGCCACCAACGAGACUGCCGUCAAGCCCCAGACUCUGGAGCACAUUGGUGAGGCUAUUGGAAGCGUUCCCGAGGGCUUCCAGGUUCACCGCAACCUGAAGCGAAUUCUCACCAACCGAACCAAGUCUGUUGUUGAGGGUAAGAACAUCGACAUGUCCACUGCUGAGGCUCUGGCCUUUGGUUCUCUCGUCACUGAGGGUUACCAUGUCCGUGUCUCCGGUCAGGAUGUCGAGCGUGGUACCUUUUCUCAGCGCCACGCUGUGUUCCACGACCAGGAGACCGAGGACACCUACACUCCCCUCCAGCACCUGAGCCAGGACCAGGGCAAGUUCGUCAUCUCCAACUCGUCCCUGAGUGAGUUCGGUGCUCUUGGCUUCGAGUACGGUUACUCUCUGUCGUCUCCCCAUGCCCUCGUCAUGUGGGAGGCCCAGUUCGGUGACUUUGCCAACAACGCUCAGUGCAUCAUUGACCAGUUCAUCGCCUCUGGUGAGGUCAAGUGGAUGCAGCGAACUGGUCUCGUCAUGUCUCUACCCCACGGUUAUGACGGUCAGGGCCCUGAGCACUCUUCCGGUCGUCUCGAGCGAUACCUCCAGCUCAGCAACGAGGAUCCCCGAGAGUUCCCUACUGGCGAGAAGCUCGUGCGCCAGCACCAGGACUGCAACAUGCAGAUUGCCUACAUGACCUCUCCCGCCAACCUGUUCCACAUUCUUCGCCGACAGAUGCACCGACAGUACCGAAAGCCUCUCAUCAUCUUCUUCUCCAAGUCCCUGCUCCGACACCCUCUGGCCCGCAGCGACAUCGAGGAGUUCACUGGCGAGAACGCUGGCUUCCAGUGGAUCAUCCCCGACCCUGAGCACGAGACUGGCGUUCUCAAGCCUCGUGAGGAGAUUGACCGAGUCAUUCUCUGCAGUGGUCAGGUCUGGGCCGCUCUCCACAAGUACCGUGCCGAGAACAACAUCGACAACGUCGCCUUCACCCGCAUUGAGCAGCUGAACCCCUUCCCCUGGCAACAGCUCAAGGAGAACCUUGACCAGUACCCCAACGCCAAGACCAUCGUCUGGGCCCAGGAGGAGCCUCUCAACGCCGGUGCUUGGAGCUUCACUCAGCCUCGCAUUGAGACCCUGCUCAACAACACUGAGCACCACAACCGCAAGCACGUCAUGUACGCCGGCCGCAACCCCAGCGCGUCGGUGGCUACCGGUCUCAAGCAGGUGCACACCAAGGAGGAGCAGGAGUUCCUCAAGAUGGCUUUCACUGUGAAGCAGGACAAGCUCAAGGGCGAGUAA